UUAGUACAGAUUGUAGAGACGUACUGUGAGACACGGGUCAGAUAGUAGCUCUGUGACAUCAGCCUGGCUACUCUGACAGUCCGUCGUGAUAUGUGCGCGAAUGCACACGUAAAAACAAUAAUUAGUUUCAAAAAACUUUGUGUUAUGAUAUCGUGUUAAAUCUAUUGUAUUUUUUUUAGUGACGUCAUAUUUUAAUACCGGUCCUCAUAUCCGCUUUAAGCAAGAUGCUUCUAUUGCUGUCACUUGUGGCGGCUGCCGUCGCUCAACAAACCACUAUCGACCCAAGAGAUUUCAUAGGAAUCUUCGGGACCCCACCUCCGCUAACAAAUUCUACGCCUGGACUUGAAACGAUAACAGUGAAGCCGACGGACAAGCCGGCGACGUUCGUGAACAAGCACGGCGAAUACUGCCAGUGCGUGCCAUAUUACUUGUGUAAGGAUGGGCUCACCAUCAACGACCCUACGCUCGACGGCAACGGCUUGCUGGACAUCAGGUUCGGAGAAGAUGAAAAUAACGAUAGACUAUGCCAGGAGAGCGUGGAGCGAUGCUGCAAGGUGCUUAAAGAUCCCAGCGAGGUUGUCAAACCCAAGCCUGAUCCGAGCAAGCUGAAAGGCUGCGGCUACAGAAACCCUAAGGGCCUGGGUUUCACCAUCGUAGGAAAUGGUGGGGAGAGUCAAUUCGGUGAGUUCCCGUGGGUGGUCGCGCUGCUGGACGUGAUGAACGGGUCGUAUGCGGGCGUCGGCGUCAUCAUUCAUCCGCAAGUGGUUAUGACAGGCGCUCACAUCGCCUCCAAAUACGCUCCAGGAAAACUGAGAGUGAGAGCCGGCGAGUGGGACACGCAGACCAUUAAGGAGGAGCUCGAGCACCAGGAAAGGGAUGUUCAAGAAAUUUUAAUACACAAAGACUUCAAGCCGCUGUCGCUGAAGAACGACAUAGCUCUCUUGCGACUGCAGAGCCCGCUGGAGCUGGCAGAUCACAUCAACUCGCUGUGUCUGCCCGACCAGGACGAAUCCUUCGAUAACAGCAAGAACUGCGUCGCCAACGGAUGGGGGAAGAACGUGUUUGGUGUCCAAGGUCUGUACGCUGUGAUCCUGAAAAAGGUGGAGCAAGAUAUGGUGCCGCAUAGUCGCUGCAAUACUCAGCUGCAGAAGACGCGGCUCGGAAGCCACUUCUCACUUCACAGCAGCUUCGUCUGCGCCGGAGGAGAGGAGGGCAAAGAUACGUGCCAGGGUGAUGGUGGAGCUCCCCUGGCGUGUCCGAUCGGAAACAACAGGUACAAGCUGAGCGGGCUGGUCGCGUGGGGCAUCGGCUGCGGGCAGAAGGACGUGCCCGCAGUGUACGUAAACGUGCCCGCCUUCCGCCACUGGGUCGACGAGAACAUGAACAAGUGGGGCUACGGCAGCUCCACUUACUCCGUUUAGACAUGUCAAAUGUUCGGAUAAGAUUGUCAAAGAAAAAGGGCAUUUAAAUACAAAGAAAUUCUAGCUUUCAUUGUCUCUCUAUUUUUGUUUUUUAAUAACAGUUGAUCUCGCGAUUUUACAAUAUUGUUAUUGUACCAUUUCACGCAAUUCAAAUUUGAGAUUGAGAAGGGAACUAAUUUUAAUAAAGGCAAUCCUGAAUAAAAUAAGAUACUGUUUUCAUAA